GAUGUAAUGACACACCUCAAGACCGCACUAUAAAAACAAUAUAACAAAAGGGGAAUCACAUGUUCCUACUGAAAGCAACCGACCACUUCUCUUCAGGAAAAUUGGCAAGACUUAAAAUGGCCAAAAACACCAAUAUUCGAAUCAGUCUCCCAGCAGUCUGCUUUGUCUGGCAGAUUGCAAUGAUUAUCCUGUUUGGUGUGUUCAUCCGUUAUAAUGAGGAGUCUGACACUCACUGGAUCGAACACAGAAGAAGGAAAAAUAUUUCCACAAAUUCAGAGAAUGACUUUUACUAUAGAUAUCCAAGUUUUCAGGAUGUGCAUGUGAUGAUCUUCGUUGGUUUUGGAUUUCUAAUGACCUUUCUGAAGCGUUAUAGUUUUGGUGGAGUUGGCUUCAAUUUUCUCAUCGCAGCUUUUGGAAUUCAAUGGGCUCUGCUGAUGCAAGGCUGGUUUCAUUCCCUGGAUGAAAAUGAUGGAAAGAUAAAAAUUGGGGUUGAGAACCUUAUUAAUGCAGAUUUCUGUGUGGCCGGCUGUCUCAUUGCAUACGGCGCUUGCCUUGGAAAAGUUAGCCCAGUGCAGCUGAUGGUUCUUACUCUAUUUGGAGUCACCCUGUUUGCUGUUGAGGAGUACAUCAUUCUUGAACUCCUACAUGCAAAAGAUCCUGGUGGUUCCAUGGUCAUCCACACUUUUGGAGCAUAUUAUGGUUUGACCAUAUCUUGGGUCUUAUAUCGACCAAUGCUAUCGCAAAGCAAACCUUUACAAGGAUCUGUUUACCACUCUGAUGUGUUUGCAAUGAUUGGCACUCUCUUUCUUUGGCUGUACUGGCCUAGUUUUAAUUCUGCUAUUGCAGAUCAUGGAGAUGGCCAGCACAGAGCUGUUAUAAAUACCUACCUCGCACUUGCGUCCUCAGUUCUCACUACCUUUGCCAUUUCAAGUAUCUCACAGAAACAUGGAAAGUUUGACAUGGUACAUAUUCAGAAUGCUACCUUGGCUGGUGGUGUUGCAAUGGGAACAGCGUCAGAGUUCAUGAUUACCCCUUACGGCUCUCUGAUAGUGGGAUUCUGCUCAGGCAUCAUUUCCACAUUUGGAUAUCUCUUUCUGACUCCUUUUAUGGAAAAAACUCUCAAGAUACAAGACACUUGUGGAAUACAUAACCUACAUGCAAUGCCUGGAGUUAUAGGUGGUAUUGUUGGAGCAAUUACUGCAGCUUCCGCCAGUGAAUUAGUUUAUGGAAAAGAAGGGCUGAUUAAUACUUUCGACUUUAAGGAAGCUGUUGCUAACAGGACAGUCAACAUUCAGGGUGGUUACCAGGCAGCUGGUCUUUUUGUGGCAAUAGCAUUUGGCCUUGUAGGUGGAGCUUUGGUUGGUGGCAUAUUAAAGCUGCCAAUCUGGGGAGACCCAGCAGAUGCCAAUUGCUUUGAUGAUGAAGUUUACUGGGAGGUUCCUGAAGAUGAGGAUGAGAAUAUUCUCUCUAGACAGCCAAACUUGAACCAGACAAGAGACAUGCCAGAUGCAUAUCAACGGAGUCAUGUGUAAGAAAAAGAAAAAGAAAACACCCUGAAAAACUUCACUUCCUGCAGAACUUCAGCUGUGAAUGAUGUUUGAAUAAGAAUUAAGAAGCGUUUACAGAUUGAGACUAGAUAAAUAACUCAAUGGAAAUUUUUAAGUCUGUCAUGUGCUUUGGGUUGUACAAUGUCAUAAUCCUAAAGCAAUUUGUCUGAAGCACCUGACUAACCAGUGUUGCCACUGCUACUUCCAAAAAAAACGAAUCCAAACAUGUUUAUUUUCUUUUUUAAAUGCUUUAUAUUCCUACACCAAUGCUCUGAAACUUUCUUAUCUUUCUUUGCAGUCUAACUAUAUACUGUAUAUCAGUUUAAUAUUAAUUGCAUUUUCUUUUUGCAUUACUAUAAUAAUGAAUUUACAGAAAAAUACAAGGUUGACUUUAUUAAGCUAUAGCAUACAUGAAAAGUUAACUACCCAUGUUAUUUAACCUCCCUAAUAUAGUCAAGGUUUUUUUUUUUUUUUUUUUUUUUUAUCAUAUAUCAGUUUAGUUGUUUUUUGAGCACUGAAGGACUUUGACUCUACAAUGUGAUUGGCUUUGACAGGUGAAUUUGCAUAUUUGCCUGUGGCCUUUAUUUAAAGGAACACUCCGUGAGCAAAUAAACUUCCUACUGUCAUGAAUGUUGAGAGCUACAUAUUCAUCAAAACUGUUUGUUCAAAAGUCCAGUUCAUUAAAAUAAUAAGUAAUCAUUCCCAUUAGAUAGCAUCAGAUCAGUCUUGGAAUCAUUCUUUGCAUUUAUUGUCACUAAAAUCGUUGUCUACAUACAUGGAUAGUCUCUUGUUGUCUUCCCUUGUCUUUGUUAACAAUUAACAUUUCUAGCAUUGGCAAAAAAAAAGUAACUAGUUGGCUUUUUAUUUUAUUUUUUUACACACCAGAAAAAUGAAUGUUUAUGGAUCAAAUUAGGGAUGGUGCAAAAACAAGCAAACAAAAAAAUCAUUGCAGAGCAUAAAACUGAGAAAAGAGAACAGACUCUGUGGAACAUAUUAGCUACACAGCUGGUGUUUUUUGCACUAAUUGACCUAAACUUUUUGCCUAAAAGGAAGCGCUUGGAAAAGUGGUAGCUAGGGUGGGAGGAGGUAACAAGUGAGGCAGCCUUUUCAGCCGCAGACUUUUCGAUUUAUAGUUGUACAUUGGACACAAAUGCUCUGUGCAGACUAGAUAAUGUUUUGAUGUCUGCCUUUGAAAUUGACCGACACAGCUUCAAACUAAAUCCAAAAUGACUGCCCUAAGAUGUUUUCAUAAUUAAAUAAAAAUAUUGCAAGCAAUCGUAACAGACAUUAAAAUAGGUUAUAGGCUACAUGUUAUUUUACAAUAACAUUGUUGUUUUUAAACAGUUCACCCAAAAAUGAAAAUUUUGUACGUAAUGUAAUCAGUGUUUUGUUGCUGUUUUUUUUUUUUUUUU